AUGAACAUAUAUAGUAAUAAAAUUUUAAAAAAUAUGAUAUUAAAGAUUAAGGGGAUUUUACCAUAUAAAAAUAUUAAUAAAUUAGAGUGUAAAAAAAGAAAUGAAAAAAGUUUUAGUGAUCAUUAUGGAGAAAAAAACAAUGAAUUUUUAUCUUCGAAAAUGGAAGGAAAAAAAAAAAAUAUAUUUUUACAAAAACAACUAUUAGACUCUAAUGAUUAUUUCUUUAAAAAAAGAAAAAUAUUUUAUAUAGACAAUAGUAUCUUUUUUAUUUCUGGUGGAUUAAUUUCUUUAUAUAGUGUAUUUGUAUAUGACUUUUUUACAAAUAGACAAAUGCAAAUUUUUUCUAAUUUUUUUUUUUUAUUGUUUCAUAUUACUAGACAAAGUGUUAAUAUUUUAGCUUGUAUAGUUCACGUAUUAUUUAUUUUUUUUCAAAUUUGCGUUUUAUAUAUUAAAUCAAAUAUUCAAAUAAAAUAA